AUGAACGAGUAUUCCAUUCGGCCAGCGGCUUUUUACCACAGAUUCGACGUCGAAGGAGGAAACGCCCUGUGGAUCGUCACUAAGGGCGGCCUGGACAUCCAGGACCGCUUCAAAGAAUUGACAGGCAAAGAUGCUAGACCGGAAGACAAGUCUUUUGGUGACACUCAGGAAUGCUUCCGAUCAAGUCUCUCAGCUCAUCUCAUGUUCUGUCACUGGUCCACGGAAGAUUGGAGAGGAUACAUCAAAUGGCUGGAGUAUGUGAUUGAUAUGGAACGCUUCCUCGGCUGGCAGGAGAAGAUUAGUGAAGCUAUUGCCAUGCUGGAGUCAAACAUCGAAGUCAUGAAAUCUCUGAUGCGAUUCUACACAAAGCUAGAAGAAAACCGGGAUUUUGACUUGCGACUUUCUUGCACGGACGACAUCGAGGAAUUUUGCAAUCAGUUAUGCAAUGUGGUCAAUGAUUUCACUCUACAAAUCAGUCGCGCCAGGGCUCUUGUCAAGUUGACAGGGGACCGAGGCGAGUUGAUCAAGCAACAUAGGUUAGAACGGCUGAACCAGAAUAUGGAAAGAGAGGCAAUUAUG